AUGGUGUACCUUCCCAUUGAAGAGGUUGAGAGCUCCUUUCUAUUCAGAGUCGUUCGCCUGCUCCGUCUUGGUCGUCUGGCACACCUCCUCCGGCCCUUCAAGGAGUUAUGGCUCAUCAUUAUGGGUGCCCGAAUUCGACCUGUUACAACAUCGGAUGGAUUUUCUUCAUCAGGUGUGGUUGAUUCUCUGAAGACUCUAGGAUGGGUGUCCCUACUGCUACUGCUUGUUCUUUACGUUUGCGCUAUUUUCACCACAUUGCAAAUUGGACAAGAUACUGCUACCUACGGACCGUACAUGAUAUCAUCUGGGGGAUGGGACCAUAAGGAGUACUUCGGCACAGUACUGAGAAGUAUGUAUACUCUAUUCCAAAUGAUCACCUUAGAGAACUGGGCAGAUGGCAUCGUUCGCCAUGUCGUGAGCAACGAGCCGUUGAUGGUCGUCUUUUUCUUCGUCUUUAUUGUGAUCACUACGUUCGGCCUUUUGAAUCUAGUUGUCGGGGUCAUCGUGGAGGACACGCUUGCUACUGCUCGAACGAAUGAUGAUAAGAUACGUAGGAAGCAGGAAAAGGAGAGGGCCCGAGUCUUGGCUCACUUGAGAGAUAUAUUCAAAAUGGCCGACCAGGUGAAUACCCCUCCCAUCUCCGUCCGAUACCACUCUCAGGACGAAUCGGGCAGUUUGACUGUUGAGGAGUUUCGCCAGGCCAUUCGGAAUCCUGAGGUCAUCAACUCAGCAGAUGAGCGCUUUUAA